AUGGCCAUAUUGUCUCUCUGUAACAGGAAAAAGGAGGAGAUAUGGAAACCAAAAGAUCAGAAAUCUGGGGGAGUAAAACAGGGCAGUUCGUCUAAGAUACAGAAGGAAAUUACUUUAGUUACACCAGAGUCUGAUACUGGUUUGGGAGCUAAACAGGCUGAUGGCAUCUUGGAGAGUCCUAAUGCUCAUUUGAAGUCAACUAAUGAUGACGUUGUAACUACUCAUAUAUCCAAGACAGAUCAGGAAAAGGAGAAUCGGAGCUCAUCGAACAUCAAUGUCGAUCAUGAGGAUGUUUGGGUAACACCUAAGAGAGUGGGUGGGGUGAAGAAGUUGGCUCAUAAAGGUCAGAACAAAUUGAAAAACACUUAUGAUGUGUUACAAGAUAAGAGAUUAGAGGGUUUGAAAAUGGAUGAUAAUUCAGUUGGUUUGGGUGCUUUUCUUGAGACCAAAUUAAGGGGAGGAAAAGUGGAGGAUAUGAUGAGGAGCUAUUUUAAUGGUUGGAGCUUUUAUAAAGGGAUUGUUAAUGAAGGUAGAAUUUUACUGGUGUGGAAAAGUAAUAUGCUGGUUGUGGAUAUAAUUCAAGAUAGUGACCAAUUCAUUCAUACUCUUAUUAAAGAGGUCAGGUCUGAUAGGAAGUACUGUGUUACUUUUGUUUAUGGCAGAAAUACUAUUCAGGAAAGAAGUCAAUUAUGGAGUGAUUUAUCGUGUCUUCAGUUUCUUGCUGCUGCUUGGUUAUUGACAGGGGAUUUCAACUCAGUUUUUGAUGGUGAUGAUAGGCUUGGGGGUCGUCCUAUGACUGCAACUGAAAUGACUGAUGCUCAAAGUUGGAAAGCUUUAGAUCAUUGUUACUAUCUCAUUAAGACUUUACAGGAGGUGAUUUCUGGGUUUAAGCCUUUUAGAUUUUUUAACAUGUGGAUUGAACAUGCUAAAUUCAAGAAUACUGUCAUUGAUUGUUGGAACAAACCUAUUAAUGCUCAUGGGCUUGAUAAAGUUGCUAAGGAGAGGUAUAAUCAGGCUCAAACUCAAUGUCAGCAAGCUCCUGAUAUUGCUGUGUUUCAAACUGAAGAACAGACAACAUUUAAUAUGUUGGUUCAACAGUAUAUAGUUUAUGACAGUUACCUUCGACAAAGAAGCAAAGUGAAUUGGCUUAGAUUUGGAGAUGAUAAUACGGCUUAUUUGCACGCUUGUUUGAAGCAACAAAAGGAAACAAAUCGUAUAACCUCCUUUGUCACUGAAACUGGGCAAAUAGUUGAGAAUUAUGAAGAGUUGGCCUUAAUAAAAUCAUUUUCUAGGAAGGAUGUUAAAAAUGCUAUGUUUAGCAUUGGUUCAAUCAAGAGUCUGGGGCCGGAUGGGUAUGGUUCGGGUUUCUUUAAAGCAAUGUGGAAUGAGAUUGGUGAUGACAUUUCAGAUGCCAUUUUAGGUUUCUUCCAGCAAGGUUCACUUCCUAAAGGUCUAAAUAAUGCUUUGUUGACAUUGAUUCCUAAAGUUUCAAAUCCUACUAAGGCAGUGGAAGUUCAGGGUUGUUUUACUGGGAGGAAGGGGCUUAGACAAGGGAACCCGAUUUCCCCUUUGUUGCUUGUGCUUAUCAUGGAAUACUUUGCUAGAUUUCUCAUCCAAGCUACUCAGAAUAAAGAUUUUAAGUUUCAUCCUAGAUGCAAAAAGCUGAGUUUGGUGAGCUUAUGCUUUGCGGAUGAUUUAGUGCUUUUUUGCAAGGGUAACAACACUUCAGUUCAGGUUAUUCAAGCUUGUUUUAAGUCUUUUAGUGCUGUUUCUGGUUUAACAACAAAUUUGGAGAAAUCGAGAGUUUAUUUUGGUGGUCUAUCUAAGAAAGAAACCAGAGAUAUAUUGAAGGAGCUUCAGUAUGCUGAAGGUGAAUUCCCUCUCAAGUACCUUGGUGUUCCUUUAAGACCUACAAAGUGGAAAGCAGGGGACUAUGAUAACAUAAUAAAGAAGAUAAAAUUGAAGCUUUAUCAUUGGUCUAACAGACACUUAUCCUUUGCUGGAAAAUCUCAGUUGAUACAUUCUGUGCUUUUGGGGAUUAGAGCCUUUUGGAUGAGUAUCUUCCUUCUCCCUAAGAAAGUUAUUGUUGAAAUUGAUCAUCUUUGCAGGAAGUUUCUGUGGGGUACUAAUAGUAGGAAUGAUAACAGGAGUAAGUUGCAUCUCACAGCUUGGGAUCAAGUGUGUCUUCCUAAACAGUUGGGGGGUGUUGGCUUUAAGGAAGGAGUUAAAUGGAAUAUGGUUUUACUCGCUAAAUAUAUAUGGGAUGUUUCUUCUAAACAGGAUAUUCUUUGGGUUAAGUGGAUUGAUGCCAUUUAUCUUAAAGGACAGUCUAUUUGGGAUUAUAAGCUUCAAUCAGAUGUGAGCUGGUAUUGGCGUAAACUCAUUAAGCUAUCAACUGUCAUCAAUUCUGAGAUAUUGAUCAAAGCAACAGUGAGGAACAAAUUGAAUACCAGUAAAUUGUAUGGUCAGUUGGUUCACAAGGAUAGAGUUCAUUAUGUUCAUGUUGUUUGGUGUAAUUUGACUUUGCCCAAGCAUCGGUUUAUCCUUUGGCAAGCUACUUUGAGGCAUUUACUAACUAGAGACAACUUGCUAAAGUGUCACUUACAACUGCCUUCUGACUUGUGCCCUACUUGUGAAUUGCAGCAAGAAUGCCAUGAUCAUCUUUUCUUUCAAUGUCAAUUCUCCCAAAUGGUGAGACAUAGAGUUGCUGAAUGGCUGAACUGUGAUGUUUGGCCUGUCCAGUACCAGGGCUGGAUUGAGUGGAUGAAGGGGAAACCGAAAGGGAUUCAGCAAAAGAUUCUAGCUGCUGGUUUAGCAGCUGCGGUUUAUUUGAUCUGGUGGAAUAGGAAUCAUUGCUUGUAUAAUCUUUGUUCUUUAUCUGUGAACUCAGUUAUUUCUUUGUUGCAAAAGAGCUUAUUUGCUAGAAUUAAAAAUCUGCCUAGUUCUAAGCUAACUAGUAAGGAUGUAAUUUUUCUUGAGAGAAUUAAUCUCUUGUAA